GGUCUUUUUUGCAUUGUUCGCAAAAGAGCAACUAUCAAGGAGGGACACACACACACUCUCUCUCUUAGCAUAUUAAGCUCUCCCAAAGGAACCAGACGCCGCAUUUUCACUUAUUGGUUGCUUCACACACGGUGUAGUGUCUUUUAUCGAGCGUGCACCGCAUUCCUCGCGUCUCGCUCCUUUAGGACUGUGUAUUUUAUCUUGUUGUUGCGCUUCUUCCCUUCUGUCUUGCACCUUCGCGCAUUUUUCCCUCCGUUGUCCAUCACUUUUUCUCUCUCUACAUCACUUUACGUGUCUUCUUUCCUUUUUGUUUUAUAAAGGUCUCACGAUUAACCUCAACGCUGCAGUGUAGCCAUGUCAACCAUAAGCGACGAGGCUGAGCAAAGUCUCCACCUUGCGGAGGAGCUGAAGCGAGAGCUCUACGACUGCCCCAGCUGCCUGGAGAAGGUGAAGCUGCAGCAGCCGAUUUGGUCGUGCACGGAGUGUUUUCAAAUCUACCACUUUUCGUGCAUUCGCCGCUGGGGUCAGGUUGAUCGCGAAAGCGACGUCUUCUCCUGCCCGCACUGCCGCCACACGCAGCCCAAGCCGCUCGUGGACCACUGCUUCUGCGGUAAAGUCUCCAAGCCAAAGUACGACCCGAUGAUCACGCCGCACUCCUGCGGGCAGACGUGUGAGCGCGACCGCCCCUUCUGUGCCCACAAGUGUCCUAUGCAGUGCCACCCCGGCUCCUGCCCGCGAUGCCAGCUGCUCGUCGGGCCGGUGUCGUGUCCGUGCGGGGCGACCACCUACACCUAUCCCUGCGGACAGCCGGACCCCGAGACGACGUGCGAUCACAUCUGCGGCCGGCUGCUCUCCUGCGGCCUGCACCGCUGCCCCAUGCCGUGCCAUCAUGGCCCCUGCAUGCCCUGCGCAAAAAAGGUCGACCUCAUCUGCUACUGCGGGAAGUCCACCCAGCGCCGACCGUGCACGCAGGAGACCUCCUUCGUGUGCGGUGAGGUGUGCGGCAAGGCGCUGCCCUGCGGCAACCACACGUGCACGCUGCUGUGCCACGAGGGGCCCUGCCCACCCUGCCCCACUGACCCGUCCCUCGUGCACACGUGCCCCUGUGGAUCGAUGGAGCUCUCCGUGCAGCGGGUGUCGUGCCUCGACCCCAUCCCGUCGUGUGGGCGGCGGUGCGAGAAGAUGCUGCCCUGCGGCAACCACCGCUGUCAGCGCACGUGCCACGCCGGGGACUGCCCUCCCUGCGAGGUGCGCGUCGAGACGUCGUGUCGGUGCCGCAAAGUGCGCAAACGCCUGCCGUGCGCAGAGUCGCAGCACUUCACGUGCGCCUACGAAUGCGGCACGAAGCUGUCCUGCGGGCGGCACCGGUGCAAAGUGAUCUGCUGCGUUGACCGCGGCAAGCCCCAGGCAGAGGCGCACCUGUGCUUUCAGGUCUGCGGGAAGCAGCUGCCGUGCGGGCACACCUGCACCGAGUUGUGCCACGCCUCUCUUCAGUGCCCGCCCUGCUCGCACAUCGUGACGGAGCCGUUGAGGUGCCGCUGCGGAGCCGAGGUGCUCCGCCCUCCGCAGCCGUGCGCCACGCAGCCGCCGGUGUGCAAACGCGCGUGUCCGAUCAAGCGUCUCUGCGGGCACCCGGCCGGCCAUCAGUGCCACUACGGCCCGUGCCCGCCGUGUCAGGCGCCUGUUCAGCGCACCUGCCCUCGCCACCACACCACUGUGACGCUGCCGUGCGGGGCGACGGAGGUCGUGUGCGAUGCGGCGUGCGAGGCGGAGCUGCUGUGCGGGCACCUCUGCAACCGCGUGUGCCACACCGGCCCCUGCGUGGAGGAGGCCCACCCGUGCAAGCAGCCGUGUGACCGCCUCUACGAAGAGUGCGGACACCGAUGUACGAAGCUGUGCCACGGCAGCGGCCCUUGUCCGCCCUGCUCUGCCUUCAUUACGUGCACCUGCCCUUGCGGCCGUAUUUCCGAACGGCUGCCGUGCCACAAGGUGAAGGAGCGCCAGGAGAGUAAAGGCAACAAAUAUGUGGCGACGGUCCCGUGCAACGACGACUGUUUCUUCAACCGUCGCCUCGAAGCGUUGGCCUCCCUCAGUAAGACAAAAAAUGAGAAGUACGUCUACUCGCUCUUCCUGUGGGAAUGUGCGCGACGCGACCCCCGUGCGGUGCAAAAAGUGGAGCGGCAGCUGUCCGAGUUUGUGGAAGGAAAAGACCAAGUUGUGUCCCUUCCCCCUGCCAACUCCUCCUCGCGCGCCCUCGUGCACUCUCUAGCGAAGUACUUCCAUGUCCUGUCCGAAGGCGUCGACAAGGAGCCGCAGCGGUCAUGUCUGCUCACCAAAACCGGCUCCACCGGCAUCCCGCCGGUGCAUCUCAGUAGUGCGGUGCGCGACCCACAAAUGGACCCGUUGGAGUUUCUGACGCAGCGCACCAAGCCGUCUCUCAAGGAGAAGCUGUGCAUCGUCGUGGCAGGCGCACAUGUGAACGAGAUUCUGAUCACGUCGCUGCUCAGUGACCUGAUAGGGCGCUUCGUUGUGGCGCCACCGGAAGUGGACGAGGACGGGCAGCUCUCCUUUCUUAUCGGCUUCACCACCCAAAAGCGUGUGGAGGAGGCGCUCAAGCGGCUCGAGGCGGCCAAUUCGCAACACACCCUGUGCGUCGCACGUGCGACGUCUUGA